CGAGGCCUACGCGGAGGCCAUGGAGAAAGGCGAGGUGGCGAGCACCAUCAAACCCCAGCAGGUGUCUCCUCUCUUCGGCACCAUCUACAACUCUGUGGUCCUCGUUGCUCACGCCACGCAGCGCGUUCGACAUUCCAAGCAGUGGAUGUCGGGCGGGAAUGUAGCGCAACAAGCGCACAACCACAACUUUGAAGGCUUCAGCCAUCCCGUAAAAUCGGACGCUUCUGGAAGCGUGUUAUUGGACUACGUCAUCCUGGACACAGACGGACUCUCGUGUGAGCUGACCCCAACGCACAG